AUGUGUCGCUACGAGCUUCUGGGCCGAGGACUGCUGUAUUGGCAACGUCGAAAGUCCAAAGCAGAUAGAAAGCCAUCAUCAGGAAUGCUCCACGAGAUCCUACUCUCACUCUCAGGCCAACCGUCCCCUCUCUUCGCUUUCAAUACAGAAGAAGAUAUCGUCCCUGAGGAUGCUUUUCCACUGUCCCCUCCGGAGAAAGCCCUCCUCACAUCGCUCGCCCGUUUGAGUAGACUCCAUGCCAAACUUCGAGAACAGACGUCUCUAAUAUCAUCUUCACAUCCUUCGAUCAUCUGCCGUGCUGUUUCCUCAGCUAUAAACGCACAUCAUCUAGGAGGUUUUCAGAGGAAGAUUUUGGAAGUCGAGAAGGCAAUCUUGGCCGAGGAUAGUGCAUAUGUUGGCGGUUAUGGCAUCGUACCGUUGUCAACCAUCGUUGGGGAGUUUUCGCCUUGGACGAGGCGAUUAGAAUGGCUUUGGGAUGUUACCCGCUUCGUUCUUCCCGAAAACAGGACUAGUAGUGCACAUGGUUGUACAGGCUCCGCCCUGAUUGAUUAUCUUCGAACAGAAUCCCAAACAGGCUAUCUUGACCUCGAAGAAAUCGCGCUGCACCUGAUCACUGUGGCCGAAUCCGCGUGGAUAAGGCAGCUAUCGACGUGGCUACUGUAUGGAAAUCUGCCGAUCUUUGGGAAGGACGACUUUUUCAUUCAGAAGGAUAACUCGAGCCAAAUGGAUGAUUCGUCAUCCAUCACGAAUUUUGUAAUGCAGACAAGCCUACUCCCAAAGUUUGUUUCAUUGCACACGGCGUCGUCAAUCUUAUUUAUCGGGAAGACUUUGAAUCAUAUCACGGCGAAGCGGAAAGGUGCCACAAUGGGAUUUGAUUCUGGGGCACCGCCAGUAACUCUUCAGGGAGAGCAUAUUGCGCACCUCGCGUCGUUGGGAUCCCCAAUAUCAGCCUCAAAACUAUCCAACGCGGUAGAUUCUAUCCGCUUGUCCUUGUCACAAAGUGUUCUUUCGAAGCUACUGCCGUUACCCAAGAUCCUCGAGAUUCUUUCUGUGCUGCAUGAUUUUCUUCUACUGGGGCGCGGAGAAUUCGCUACUGCGCUUGUGUCUCAUGCUGAUGCCAGAUUGAGUGAGCGACAUCGAAUACCGGAGCUCCUCGCUGGCCGGGUCAGAGCGCAAACGGAGCUUGAAGGGCUUGUCGUCAAAGAUGGGGAUGUUGUACAUGCUCUGGCACACACAUGGGCCGAGCUUUAUUCUUUACAAAAUGAGGAAGACCCUGUGGAUGAAUCUCUUGAUCUUGCCCGAGACCUUGUUCGCUUAUCCAUCACUGACAGUAAGAAUAGACAUACAGUUGCAACGCACUCAGACGAGAUUGGAAGUGAUUUAGUAGCGGAGCUCUCGGACGUCUCAUUUGAGGACCUACUUUUUCCAACGCGAACUUCCAUCUCGGUUGAAGUACGUGCGCCCCUUGACCUGUUUCUAUCGACGUCCGAUAUCGCUGUGUACUCAAGGAUUCAUUCAUAUCUAUUGGGAAUUCGACGUGCGCAAAUACGAAUAAAUGAUCUCUGGAAGCACUCUUUUCUUCGAAAAAGUUAUCCUUCUCCAUGGGGCCCACCACGAAGCAACACUCCCUUUGGACAGAGUAAGCUUAAGCUGGGAAGGCAGAGAGACAAUAUCCGGCUUAGUCAAAUGAGACCAGUAUGGGCAACGAGUAGUGCUGCGCUCUUCGUCUUAUCAGAAAUUGGUAGUUUUUUCCAGGGUGAAGUUGUCAAUGGUUGCUGGCAGCAUUUUCGUGAGUGGAUUCAAGGUGGACUGGCCACUGCCACGUCCUCGACGAGCUCUCGACCUGAAACAUCUGCGUCUUUGAAAAGCAGGUAUAGCGACAGUCCGAUUGAGGGCAGAGUGGGUAUCGAUCAGUCAAGUCACUCUGCGCCGCAACGACUCGAUCCCGAAACUUUGACAGUCGCCCAUCAUCGCUAUCUAUUUUCCCUUGUUCAGUCACUGUUUUUGACAGAUAAACCAUUUACCGAGGCCCUUCGCUCGCUGCUUAGCUUGAUUGAUCAUUUUAUCGCACUUAUUAUUCGCCUAGAAAGUGUCCAGAAGAAUAUGGACUUGGAAACAGACGAAGGUGUGGUAGACGCCUUGGCCGACUACCCCAGGGAGGAGACAGAAUUAUUGGAAGCAUUAAGGACCGCGCGGAUGGAGGUCGAAAAGGGAAUCAGGGACGUCGUGGCUCGCCUGCGAGACAUUGAUGACAGUCGAUCGGGAGAGGGACGAAAGAUGCUUGAUCUUUUAAAGCAUGCCCGCGCUACUCCGCUCGCUGACAGAAAGAAUGGCAGCGGCGUGAACGCUCAAAUUUGCCAAUACUUGCCGCGAAAAACAGCUGGAGUUGAUCAACUUCUCAUGAAGCUGGACUUUGGGCAUGCCAAUGGAAGCCUCGGAACUACAGCUCCUGUGUUAGGCGACUCCUUUGAUUUGGAGUAG